UAUUCGCACAAGUCUUAGAGUGACUCGAGCUGCAAAGUCAGAUUAAAAAUAAUUGGUAAAUCACAAUCAUGGGCAUAAUUCUGCUCCUUGUGCUCUCUGCCCUGCUCCGUUUGUGUCAGGCAGAAUGGUCAGUGGUUCCCACACCAAAGUGCAACACGCCAGAGGACUGCUUCUUUCUCUUCCUACACCUCCGUGUGAAACCAGUACCUCCCGAUGUGGUCCAUGCUGGUGAGGUGUUCGAAAUUAAGGGACCCGUCACGUGGACAAGCAGCUCGACUAAUUGGCUCGUUUCCGUUCAAAGGGUCACUUUAAGGAAUGUCAAGAUAGAAAAUAUUUUUGAAAAAUCAAAAGCCGCUGCCACUGGUUAUCCUUAUAACAACAAGUAUAAUAUCGAUGGAAGAAUCGAUACAGAAUUUUACUCAAUAUUGCCAGACGCGUCCAAGAAAUCUGUUCCAUUUAGCGGGGAAUAUUCCCUUAACGGGACACUUGGAGACGACAGGCUCUUUAUGGAAGGGGGAUUUUCUGGAAGCGUCCAGAUAUCGGCACAUCACACGCUAUUAUUUCGACUGGACGACAAAGGGUUUUUGGAAUUCCAUUCAAACUCGACGUACUGGGAUUGCACCAUUACCCAGAUAACCUUGGCGAACUGGUUCGCAGCGGAUGAGCCGGCCAGGGAUGAGGCGUGGGGGCAAUUAGCAGUGGCAAUGACUCAGUUGAUAAAGAUCGAGUUAGUUGCAAGAAUAUCGCCCAUUUUAUUGGACCAUAUCACGAGCAAGUUUAAGGGAUACACAAUGGCCUCAAUAGGUAGGGGCAAGUUCCUAACGGAGACUAGGCCAACGGAUUCUACUAUGACGCCUGCAAUCACCACACCCACGAGAACUACACCUACGACAACCACACCCACGACAACUACACCUACGACAACCACACCCACGACAACUACACCUACGACAACCACACCCACGACAACUACACCUACGACAACCACACCUACGACAACUACACCCACGACAACUACACCCACGACAACUACACCCACGACAACUACACCCACGACAACUACACCCACGACAACCACACCUACGACAACUACACCCACGACAACUACACCCACGACAACUACACCCACGACAACUACACCCACGACAAGUACACCCACGACAACUACACGCACGACACCUACUACCACUACACCAACGACACCAACGGGAGCUACACCACCUACGACGAUAACUAGAGUCACCUCACCGACGCCGGUCACCAUUUCACCUCCCACAAGAAUUACAGCUGCUCCUACGGCGGUCACACUACCACUGGCAGUGCCUACCGUACUGAUUGACGUCGACCCAUUCCGUUAUAAAGGAAACGACAUUAUAACCCUAACCCCGGAAGAAACUAAACCAAUUAGUGUCCCCAUUUGGAGCAUGGCUGUUAUAAAACAACUCUUGGAGCAAGUCUUGUCCGAGAAUAAUCCAACGACACCUACUACGACGACUAGUACAACUCCUUCAACAUCAGCGCCCAGAGAAGUCAUCACAGCAUCAGAGAAACCGGCUAAGCUAACUAUUCCAAUUGAAUCCGGAAGGGAAACAGAGACGGGACAAGGUCCGAAAAAUGACAAGUUCAAGUCAUACUCCAACCCAUUUUUGACCAUUCUUGUCAAUCAAUUUGUAGGAACACCUACAUAGCUCCGUAUACAUGAAUUAUUCAGCUGAGAAUGCCGAAAUAAAAUUUAGUAGAUGAUGUAAUUAUAUUAAUUUGUGACAACCUAGUAAAAUAAAUUAGAAAAUUACAUAUCGUCGGACUAAUUCCGA